CCUCAGUAUCGGCGGCUGGUCAAGGUGAGAAAGCGGGCCCGCAGGCGUCGUCAUCAAGCGACCGCAGCUCUGUAGAGAUAUUCGCGUAUUUAACAGCAGAAACAAACAAAAUAUAAAAUAUGCCAAUACAUGUAAAGUCGUUCCUGCUGUUAAAGCCUGGUCGUCAAUAAAGUCUGGUCGUCCAAAGAAAAAAGAUUUAGAUACAGAACGCGAAGAGACGGAAGAUAUGGGAGGGGAAAAUGAGUAUGAUACGGAUUUUGAAAAAUCGGAAAGUAGUGAUAAUGAAUCUGAGGGAUCAAGCAUGAGUUACGAUAAGAAUAGAAUUGAAAAAGGGUUACCAGAGAUGUUCACUCAAGAUGAAAUUAGUGAUUUUGGUAGAGAGUUGGGCCUGUCAAAGGAGGCACAUGAACUGCUAGCAUCAAGACUGAAGGAGAAAAAUCUCGUAGAGAAAGGUGUCAAAAUCACAGUAUAUAGAGACAGGGAGAAACAUUUUAGAUCCUUUUUCAGUCAUGACAAAUCACAAGAUUUGGUGUAUUGUAACAAUAUUCCCGGACUCAUGAACAUGAUGAAAAAGAACAUUUACAAACCAGACGAGUGGCGUUUAUUCAUUGAUUCUUCGAUUCGUAGCAUCAAGGCAAUAUUAUUGCAUAACACAAAUGUCCUGGCACCUAUUCCAAUAGCUCACUCUACAGUACUGACAGAAACGUAUGAUAAUGUGAAAAUUGUUCUUGAAAAAAUACAGUACUCUCAUCACCAGUGGCAAAUUUGUGGAGACCUUAAAAUUAUAAAUAUAGUUUUAGGUAUGCAGAGUGGAAACAUAAAGUAUCCAUGUUUUUUAUGCUCUUUUGAUAGUAGAGAUAAAAAGAAACAUUACCGCACAAAAAAUUGGCCAAAAGAGCAGCGCUAAAGCUUGGAACCUUUAACGUAGUUAAACCUCCAAUUGUUGAUGAAGGAAAAAUUUUAAUCCCGCCUCUGCAUCUUAAGCUUGGUUUAAUGAAGUAAUACGUGAAAGCCCUGGACAAGACAGGAAACUGUUUUAAGUAUAUAUCUCAAAAAUUUCCAAAACUGAGUGAAGCCAAGUUGGAGGCAGGAGUUUUUGAUGGUCCACAGAUUCGAACUCUGUUCAAAAAUUCUAAUUUCACCUCUUCUAUGAAAGCACACAGAAAGCUGCGUGGAAUAGCUUUCACAAGGUCUUCACAAAUUUUCUUGGAAAUAACAAAACCCUGCAUUACAAAAAAUUGAUAAACUCGGAGACUGUAGUGAAGAACACGGAGAGAGGUGCCACCAGGACAUGAAAGAUAUGGAGAAGAGAUAUCAAGGAAUAUGGGGUAUCAAUAUAAUGGCUGAUUACUGUUGGAAUUUGAAAAGAGACACAGUAACGAAUGGUAAAAAACGUAAGCGUCAAUCACUUCGAAGAUCAUUCGAAAGUAAACAAGUUCGAUAUCAUAAGUGAUCAAAAGGAGAUCAGAUAUAGCUUUCUUCUUAAAUGUUAUUUCCAUUUAAUUUAUUUAUGUUCAUUUUUCACAAUACUUUAUUUUUGUUAUUCGUGUAAAGCAAGGGGAACAUGCUCUAAAAAAGCACCCCAGGGGUUGUGGGGUUAUGGGGUUUAAAAUUCAAGGGGUAAUAAGGGUUUUUGGUCUAAAUUUUGAGGUUAUGAAAAAUCCUGAUGUGAUGGGGUUAAACGGACCUCGGAUUCGGAUUCAGAGACCUAGAAAACAUAUAGUAAACAUAGCCAAACCUUAUUAUUCAUUUUUUCAAUUUUUUUUGUGGAGCUGUGUUAUCUAUGACUACAUAAUAUGAAGCAGAAUAAUAUAAAAUACGUCGUAAUAUGAAACCAACCAGUAGAUAAAUAAACAAAUACAAUUAGAGAACA